UUUCUUUUGCGCGCCACAUUCCUUCCUUCCUUCUAGAACCCUCCUCUUCGUUCCUUUUCCCUCCUCCCCGCCACCUUCCUUACUUCUAGAACCCUCCAGAACCAACCUUACCCUCCGCCCCCCGUCUCAAAGCAGCCCCUGCCCUGCCCUCGCGCGGGCGAUGAAGCACACACGUCGCUGCGGCGUCGUGGCGGCGGUCGUCGCCCUCCUCCUCCUCGCCUGCCUCCAGAUCCAGUACCACCACCUCAAGGUGGAUCUCGGCGAGGCCGGCUUUGUCGAGAGCACGCAAGAGAACACCCAUCGCAAUCGCGACAACUGGGGGAACAGGAAGGCUGCCACUGCCAACAGAGGUUUGCCGCGCGGGAUCGUCCAACCCCACUCCGACAUGUAUCUCCGACCGCUCUGGGAGCACUCCGGUCAUGCUGCCAACCACAAGAUUAAAAAUGAUGACCGCAAUGCUCUCCUGGCCAUUGCAGUCGGCAUUUCCCAAAUAAAAAAUGUGGACACGAUGGCUCGUAAGUUUUUGAAUGAAAACUGCGCAGUCAUGCUCUUCCAUUACGAUGGAAAUGUAGACGGAUGGCGUCAUCUUGAGUGGAGUGAUAAGGCCAUUCACAUUCUCGCUCACAACCAAACAAAAUGGUGGUUUGCAAAACGGUUUCUGCAUCCUGAUGUCAUGGCUAUCUAUGAUUUCAUCUUUUUAUGGGAUGAAGACCUUGGAGUGGAGAACUUUAACCCGAGAAGGUAUCUUGAUAUAAUGGUUUCUGAAGGUUUAGAAAUAACACAACCUGCUCUGGACCCUGAUCUAUCAACGGAUAUCCACCAUCGAAUUACAAUCCGCAAUAAGAUGACAAAAAUGCACAGGAGAAUAUAUGACAAUCGACCUAGUAUGAAUUGUUCUGACGAAAGUAAAGGACCUCCUUGCACAGGGUGGGUUGAGGGCAUGGCGCCUGUUUUCUCUCGCGCUGCUUGGAAAUGUGUAUGGAAUCUAAUUCAGAAUGACCUUAUUCAUGGAUGGGGCCUUGACAUGAAGCUUGGCUAUUGUGCUCAGGGUGACCGGACUGAGAAAGUUGGUGUAGUUGACAGUGAGUAUGUUGUCCAUCAAGGGAUACCAUCUUUAGGAGGACCAUCACUUAGCAGCAAGACACCUCGACGAUCAUUGGAUUUGAGGACCCAUAUAAGAAGACAAUCAUCAGCUGAGCUGGAAAAGUUCAAAGAACGGUGGAACAGAGCUGUAAGGGAAGAUGAAGAGUGGAGUGAUCCUUUCCAAUCUUGAUUACUUUGAAAGCAGAACCUGGCCAGUGGCCACACUCAUAACAGUAGUUGGACUCAAGGCCAUCUCACAUUGCAACAUGCAGGCAUCGUAUCAAACAGUUGGUUAUAGGAAACUUUCUGACUUAUAGACACCAUAUUAUCCUCAAGAGAGCUAAAACAACCACUGGAAAUGGCAUCGUCAAUACAAGGAACAACUGAUCAAGAACCUCAAACUAACAAGGGAUUUUACACUGUUGUAAUUUUUCAUUCAAUCUCCGUAUUACUACAGUUGUAUAGUGACAUUAAAUACAUGCUUGUGCAGUUAUUUAA